UGAGUCAGUCGAAGAACAUCAGUUUUCCUGAAAAGUUGUGGAUUUUUCUGUUGCGGAGUUGUGCCGCGCGCGUUUUUUUUUGUGUCAAAGUUUAUGGUUUUAUAAAUACUGACCUGACCGAUGAAGUGUUAGAGAUAGAUGUAUUCUCGAUUAAUCCUGUUAAAUUGUGAUUUAUUGUGUUUUUUAUUUUUUCGAAGAGAAUCUGUUUCAAAGAGUUUUGAAUCACCUUACUGGAAUUAUACGAAGUGAAUUUAAUUUAGUGAUGUUUUCACAAUUAAAAUGUGUCCUUUGUUCUUAUUUGAAUAUUUUUCAAUUUUCUGAUCUUGGUGAUUAAUAAUUUUAAUUUGUGUUAGUUUAAUUCUACACCUACAUAAUGCUGUUUUUCGGCAUAUAAAAUGUGAUUUACGUAUUGUCCGAAUUCAUUUUCACCCAAAGUGGUUUAACAUCUCUCAUAAAAACAGCUAGAAAAACAUUUAGUUAUGGUUUACUUCCGAAGAAACAAGGAAUCUAGAACAAUAAAAAACAUGCUACCGUUCAGUUCUCGUUAUUGACUGCUCUAAAAAUAGCGCUCCUUAUGCAUAUAAUUAUAUCCUAAUGUCCUUUCUGAAAAGGUUUUACCACUGAAAGGCAGUAUAACAAUUCCUACUAAUUAACGCUCUCUUUCUUGAAUCGUUCUUUUACAAUGCCGUCCUUAUAUUGUGGCUAUAUCUCCUUGAUGAGUCAAUUUUUGGAACGUUACCCUCUAUUGUAGUCUAGAGUAUGAUAGACUAAAGAAGAAUUAGAAAUUAAUUGAAAAAAAAUCGUUGAAUUCAUCCGUAUUGUAUGGCUUCGUGUUCUUCUGGUAAUUUCUUUGUCAAAUUGCAAUUUUUUAUUGCUUUGUUGCAUAGCUUGACAGAUUUUUUUAUGAUUUGAUUGUUUUGAUUCUUCCGUAAUCCUAGACUAUGGCUUAAUGGUUGCAAAUCGAUUCUAUUCUAGCUAGCAGGAUCAUUUUAUAAUCAAUGUCUAUUAAGAGCGGUUUUGGCUGCAUGCUUUUCAGCUAUUAAGACUGAGCGCAAUGUAAUUGCUGCUUCCGAGAUUAGCUGAGUAAUAGAGGCAGAAUUUCCAUGUUUUGCCCAAAACAAGCGCAAUUGUUUCAAUGUGUACCAUGCUUAUAAACUAGUGGUUUCCCUCUUAAAGGAUAAUUAUCUUCAUUGGUUGCACUAUUGGCAACUUGUUAUUUUCAUGCCUUAUUCUAGUACAAAUUAUUUGUUACGGCUUUGAUUUAUGUGCCUUAUGUGUUUUUAAUCAUUAGUGAACGUAUAGUGAAAGUUUGCAGAAUGGACGUAUAAAGAAACAGAACAGAUUGCAAUUUGACAGGAAUUCUUCAAUGUGCGUUAAUGAUUUUGCUAAUCUAUUUUGAUCUGAUGAGUAGAAAGUCAUAUCAAGCACGAACAGCGGAAUGCUAGUUAGUUGCUCAUGAUUCAUAUACUCAAAAUAUGCCUUUAAACCGAGAAUGUUUUAUUUCUUUCAUUUCAUUGUAAAUUUUAAGUGACGAAGUCUUAAUAAUCCCGAGUUUCUAAAAAUACAUUGAGCUUCAGCUGAGAAGCUUGCGGUUCAGACUAUUUGUACACAAUGAGUUCGUCUAUUUUACCUUACGAACCCAGCAUACCGUCUGACCAGUGGCUCUUAGGAGGUCAAUUGGGUUCCAGAAAUGCCAUUUUAGUAUUCAAGAGUUCUGCAUUGGCCAAUCCUACCACUAGGUCAAAUCAGGAUAAACCAGGUCAUAAAUUACACGUGACUUAUAAGGUGUUACAAGCUGAAACAAAGUUAUUAUCGAAACUCCUAGACUGCCAUGGAAUUACUGAGGUUCCACCGAAUUCAUCUGAUUUUAAUUUAUUAUGGACUGGUUCCCACCCAAAACCAGGAACCCUACGAACUCUAGCACCACACCAACGAGUAAAUCACUUUCCAAGAUCGUACGAAUUAACGCGCAAAGAUCGCCUGUACAAGAACAUCGAAAGAAUGCAACAUCUAAAGGGCCUAAAACAUUUCGAUUUUAUACCCCAAACUUUUGUAAUGCCUACGGAAUUUAAGGAGUUGUGCUCUACGCAUCAUCGAGUGAAAGGGCCGUGGAUUGUAAAACCAGUUGCGUCCAGCAGGGGAAGAGGAAUUUUUAUUGUGGAGUCUCCUAAUCAAGUGCCUCUGGAGGAACCAGUUGUGGUUGCCAAAUACAUCUCAAAUCCCCUUUUAGUGGCUGGUCACAAAUGCGAUUUGAGACUUUACGUUGUUGUUACGAGUUUCGAUCCAUUGAUUAUUUAUAUUUACGAAGAAGGUCUGGUGAGAUUUGCCACUGUGAAAUAUGAUUCUAGUCACAAGCAAUUGUGGAACCCGUGCAUGCAUCUCUGCAAUUACAGCAUUAACAAGUACCAUAGCGAUUAUGUAAAAUCGGAUGAUCCUAGUGCGGAAAACGUUGGACACAAGUGGACUUUAAGCGCACUCUUACGCCACUUAAAAUCGGAAGGAAAAGACACCACUCUGUUAAUGUCCCAAAUUGAGGACAUGGUUAUUAAGGCCGUUUUAUCCUCUGCUAAUUCUAUUAUUUGCGCUUGGAAGAUGUUUGUGCCACAUCCGAAUAACUGUUUUGAAUUGUAUGGUUUUGAUAUCCUGAUUGAUUCCAACCUGAAACCUUGGUUGCUUGAGGUGAAUUUGUCGCCUUCAUUGAACUGUGAUAGUCCACUCGAUGUUAGACUAAAAUCUGCUAUGUUAGCAGACUUGUUAACUCUUGUGGGGGUUCCCGCGGUUGAUCCGAUUUUAAGACCCACCAGUACUGUAAAUUUAACCAAGGGCAAUUUGGGACUGAAAAUGAAACUUAGUAAUUGUCGUAGAGUACAUUCAGCAGACGGUCUAAGCAAUGUUUCGUUGUCAAAAAAACAAUCUUCGACGGUUUCGACACGACGAAUUUCUUCAGCCUCUCUACAGCCCACUCCGGAAGAAAGUAGAAUUGUUAAGAAUGCACAGGCUCAGUUUGAUAGACGCGGCGGAUUUGUCCGUAUAUUUCCUGCUGUGGAUAGUUGGACUAGAUAUGCCCAGUAUUUAGACCCUGUCACCGGAAUUCCGAUAUCUGGCAUAGUUUCAAGCUCCUACAAUGUCACUAAUGCACAUAACUUCAAUAUGUCUCUAUAUUCUCAUUUGUUCCCUGAUAUGCCGGCCAGAGUCAAUAGAUCUAACGAAAAACAACAAGCGCGCGCCAAGUUUUCAUCGCUGGAUAGAAAAAGAGAGUCAUCUUUUGACAACAACACAUUUCCACCGAGGAUGAACGGCAGGCAGGACAGGUAUGAGAGGGCAUUAAGCAGGGGUCAUAAGCAGGCCUUAGUUUUAUGUAAAAUUACGAAGGAAUCGCAAAGUAUAGAGUUACGAAAGAAGAUUAUCGAUAUGCUGAAGUGCGGCAAGAAAAUUACACAAUGUGAAGCGAGAAAAACAUUCAGUCAAUAUUUGGUUUGUGUACUGAAAAAGAUCGUUAGCGCACCAGAUCAGGACGAUCAUGUAGAAAUCGUUUUAAAGUUUCUGCAAAAAGCCUCUAAUUAUUUGAGAACACCAUAUAGUGUUAAGGCCCCGAGUACAAAACUGGAAACCAAAGAUAGAGCAGCAAUAGUUGCAAAGCAAUUGAAUGACUUUUUGUACCUUUACAAUAGAGAAACGGACAUGUUUGUAGAUAAAUCAGAAAAACCGAGCCAAAUACCCAAAGAUUUGUAUCAAGAGUUCCUGGAGCAUGCACGAGAAUGUGAUUUAGAAGAAGUUCUUAUUUAUCAGACAACUCACGUUGUGCCAAAUUAUAACGCUUCUCCGGGUUUUCAAGGUGUACUUAAAUGUAUGCCGAACGUAUCAAAGCAAUAUGGAAUUAAACCACCGUACAAGCAGAACAAACUUGCGAAAGUUAAAAUUGCAGGUAGUUCGUGAUAUGUAGAUGAUAUAUUUUGUUCCAAUGGCAAAGUUCACCUUUAACGCAAUUGCUACGCUAGCGCUUUAGAAGAGGGCUGCAUAUUUAUUUUUUUACAAUGGCGUUUGAGAUGUCCCAUUUUCUAACAAACGCAGGCAAUUAAAGAAAAUUAAGUAUUUUUUUAAUGAUAAGGUAAUUUUUGUAACGUAUUUUUGUACUUAUUUUUCACCACAAUAAAGUAGGUUUGAUGUUAUUUUUUCUCUGUAUGGUGAUGUUUUUGUGAGAAUGAGUUUAGUAAGUCGCUUCGAAGCGUGCUUAACUUAGCUCUAUGUUACUUUUCUAGUAUGAAUUUUCUUCAUACUUCUGUGAUAUACGUACAACUACAUCCAAGUUAUUAGUUUGUUAUUUUGUGUAUAUCAUUUUAGUAAAAAGUAAUCGUCAUCUUUAGUAUUUUAAUUCGACUUUGAACACCUUGCAUCUUGAAGUGUUGUAAUGGAAAUAAUUUAUAGUAGUUACGAGAAAUUAAAAUACUAUCAUUGCAGUUGGUUGUUAUGCUUCUUGCUUACGUUUGUGCUUUGUAUGUUUUGAUUCAAGUGAGUGGAGUGUCUAUGAAUCAGUGAAACUAAAACUUUGAAAUAAGGUAUCAUUUAUGCGAAUCAUUGUGUUGAAAAAAUCCGUGAUUUCAGUACAUGCCAAAUAUGGAUUAAUUAAAACUACAUUGUCCUUAACGAUAUUUGGCAGCAUCAUGAACGCUAAGGGUUCUUUGGACGCUAAAAGAGCAGUUUAUAGAUUAUUUUGAUCAUUGUGUUAUAUUCCAUACCUGGUAGCUUGAAACAUUUUGAAAUUAUAGUUGGAAGUAUAUUACUACUCUUGAAAUGUAUGAUUCAUUUACAAAGUACCUAGAUUUUCCCAUUAUUAUAGUUAAAGCUGUUUUGAAUUUAUGUUAUAAUUUAUUCCUGUUUGUUUGCUCAGUAUUUAUUGCUAUAUUUGUUUGAUUAUGUUUUGUUAUUCCUUUGCUUUUAUAGGUUUAAUAUUAUUUAUUAAAAGAAAAAAUUCGACUGCACAGUCAAAUGGCAGCUAAAAAUUCAGUUACAAGGGAAUUCAGCUUAGUUAUAAACAAAUGUAUUAUUGUAUAUGUCGAUGUUCCCAUAUGUAUUUUCGUACAGGGCGAAUAAGUAAAGACGAUGAAUAACAUUUGAGCCAACAUUUUUAAUGGACAAAGAAGUACAAUUUUCUGUUUACUCGUCGGUUUUUUCUCGGUCGCCCUGUUUAUAAAAUAGCUAAUGGCCAUACUAUUGCCAGUUCGGUAGCUUGAAUUUGAUAGUGCUGUUUAAAAACUUUACUUAUUAUGUUUGAAUAAAAGUUUUCGUCUUGCUA